CAUAGAUAAAGUAAAAUGUACUCCUUUCAGCCUUUCAUGCUGGACGAGAGUGAGAGUUUGAGAGCGAAGAACGGGCAGCCCACACGAGGUGCCGCCCGCCUGCACACGAGGCGAGAACCGAGCAUGGGCGUGAGGAUGCCGCCUCUGCCGGAAGAAUUCAAAGACACCCCCCCAGAAAUCGUGUCCAUGGACAACAGCCCUCUCCGCUUCGAGAAAUACCUGUCCAUUUUGGCCGGACUCCCGCACUCAAUCUACAACAUCUACAAUUACGAGACGGAGCCGCCCUUGACCCACACGCUCGACAUCUCGCUCUGCUACAAUCGCGCAUCGCAGAUGCGUAACUUCGUCUUCGAUUUGCCGGACGACACUCUCUCACGGGUUCAUUUCCUGCGAGACAAGCUGAAGUAUGCAAUCCAAGCGGCUUUGGCAGAAGCUGGCGUGGUCUCUCCUCUCAGAAUCAACCGCCUCGUUCUUGAGGAACAUGAAGGUAGCCCCCUGAGGGUGCUCUUCAGCAUCCUAGACAAACCGAGCGUAGUAGGAAACGCCCCUGGGGCCAUUCUCGAGAACGACAUGAAUCACGCCGCCUCCACGAUCGACUCAAUGAUAUCGCAGUCCAAGCUGGUCAUUAUUGUACAUCUGCCGGCCAUUGCGCUCCAUCCAGAGGAGCCUGUGUAUGUGGCCAUUGUUCCGGUUCCUGGCUCUCUGAAGGAAGUGGACAGGGAUGAAUCCAGCAUUUAUGGAUAUGAAACAAAGCAGCCCUACCAGUCAGGAGACAUGGCCGGCCUCGCCAUCGGCAUGAUGUUACUGGGCGGACUGUUAGGGGUCGCUCUGAACAUGGUCCUGCAGCGUCGCGCGUCUGGCCAGGUCGGACUCCCCCGCGUGAACCUGGCGCGCAAGUCAGCCCCAACGCCCGAAACCUCCAUCAACCUCAACGCGGAUCUCACGGCCUCUGAAACCUAGAGGAGAUCGCAGUCAUAACGUGUUUACUUUGAUAUAUAUAUAUA